UUCUCAACUACGUAAUCAGAACUUAUUUCUUACCGCGCGACACUUCCUGUUAUUUGAUUGCAAUGGACCAUACGACACUAAUAUGCACCUAAACAGCAGCCCUAGAAGGAUAUAUUAUACUAGCAUAGGCACAUUCAAGCUGCUUUACAGCCCUGGAACAUGCAGGAGUAAAAUAAAAAGUGAACACUGUUAAUGUUAUAUUAUUAAAACUACCUUUUAUAUUCGUAUUAGUGUUUUAUAAUUUACGGUGGGGGGGCAUGUUUGUGCCGGCUUUUGAGAAAAAAAAUACACUGUGCAAUAAAAAAAUACAACUUAUUCUAUAAGCCUAGUCACAAUACCCGAUAUACAUUAACACACGCACGCACACACUUUCCCAACUCCACGCACCUGCUGGAUCCGCACCGACUCCAGACUCCACGCCGCGGUUUCGCUCAGACCGCGGGCUGUGCUGCCGGGUGACGCAGUGCAGAGACCCAGGAAGGAAAGCAGCGCAGCGCAGAGCGAGCGUCUUCCAAAUGCACAGCAGGAGCAACAAAAUGCAAGCGACAGUCUUCCUAAUCGCCGCCGUCGGGCUGUGGUGUGCACAGGGUAUACCAGUCAGCAGUACAACGUCUUUAACAACUGCAUCAGGCAGACAGCCUGAUCAGACAGACAGCAGUGAAGGGGUGAAUCCUGACCCUCAUAAAACAGACCCAGGCACAGACCCUGUAGAAGCUAAGAAAGGAGGUGCUGCAGGUGCAGCAACAGCAGCAUCAUCAUCAUCGUCGAAAACUGGAAAUCAGAAACCAGGUGGUGGCCCAUCAGAAAUUACCCCCAAGGAAGGCAAGUCCGGCCCGGAGGGAGGCAAGUCCGGCCCGGAGGGAGGCAAGUCCGGCCCGGAGGACGGCAAGUCCGGCCCGGAGACAGGGAAGCCCGGCCCGGAGACAGGGAAGCCCGGCCCCGAGACAGGGAAGCCCGGCCCCGAGACAGGGAAGCCCGGCCCCGAGACAGGGAAGCCCGGCCCCGAGACAGGGAAGCCCGUCCCGGAGACAGGGAAGCCCGUCCCGGAGACAGGGAAGCCCGGCCCCGAGGGAGGGAAGCCCGGCCCCGAGGGAGGGAAGCCCGGCCCCGAGGGAGGGAAGCCUGGCCCUAAAAAUCCAGACUCCACCAAGGCGAUCUCUCCUCCAGGAACAUCCAAACCCACCCCGAAACCGCGUGAGGGGGAGGGAGAGGGUCCGGGGGACAGGGAGCCAGAGAAGAAGCCCCAAGCCCCCGGAUUGGGUCCUGUGGCCCCCAGCGAUGACACCGAGAGCAGCCACUUCUUUGCGUACCUGGUGACGGCUGCAGUGCUGGUGGCUGUGCUCUACGUUGGCUACCACAACAAGAGAAAGAUUAUCGCCUUUGUCCUGGAGGGUCGAAGGUCACAGGGUGCCCGUCGGCCCAAAUCCACAGACUACCAGAGACUGGAUCAGAAGCUGUGAGGCGCCUGCGCAGCGGAAUGCAGAAGCACGGCAAAUCUGUAAACCACUGGCAGAACGAACGAGUGAAGGACCCGCUUGCAAUCGAAGAAAUAUUUUUAUUAUUAUUUUUUUUUACAGCUAAAAAUGUUGAUGAACUUUAACUUUUUUUUCAGUUUUUCCUCUUUUUUUCAAAUCACACGGCAUUUAAUUCUGUUUUUUUUUUUUUUUAGUAAGAAAAACCAUGCGAUCUUUCUAAUACGUUAUUUUUGAUAAUGAUGAUUGUUUUUAUGAUGCUGUAAAUGUGCUGCAUGCUCCACGGUCAGCCUGCAGAUGCUCACUGGCGCCCCCCAGCUUGCUUCUGGCGAGUGGAUGUCAGUGCUGCCGGCGUGUGGAUGUCAAUGCUGCAGGCGUGAGAUUCUUACCACUGCAGGGGCCGCUGCAGCAGUUCACUCUGAUGCUUCCUUGUUUUGCCUGCAAUUUCUGUGGCAACCGAAAUGUGAAAAAAAAAAAAAAAAAGUGUUUUAUGUAUACAUGUGGGUGAGUUUAGGGACUGGUGGACUGUGUGGUGGGUAGAGCUGAGGGACUGGGAGGUGAGCAGUGUGGCCUAGUGGAUAGAGCUGAGGGACUGGGAGGUGAGCAGUGUGGCCUAGUGGUUAGAGCUGAGGGACUGGGGGAGGCAGUGUGACCUAGUGGUUAGAGCUGAGGGACUGGGAGGUGAGCAGAGUGGCCUAGUGGUUAGAGCUGUGGGACUAGGAGGUGAGCAGUGUGACCUAGUGGUUAGAGCUGAGGGACUGGGGGAGGCAGUGUGACCUAGUGGUUAGAGCUGAGGGACUGGGGGAGGCAGUGUGACCUAGUGGUUAGAGCUGAGGGACUGGGGGAGGCAGUGUGACCUAGUGGUUAGAGCUGAGGGACUGGGGGAGGCAGUGUGACCUAGUGGUUAGAGAUGAGGGACUGGGAGGUGAGCAGAGUGGCCUAGUGGUUAGAGCUGAGGGACUGGGAGGGAGGCAGUGUGGCUAAGAUGAGGGGAUGCACUGUUGACUAAGUAUGUAAUCUGUAUUAAAUUGUGCAGUAAUGCUAGCGCUGUAACUGUUUAUGAUGACGAGGGAAGCUUGAUGUUGUGUAUGUUUUGUUUUUGUAAAGAAAGGUGGGUCUUCUAGGCAGGAGAGUAACUUUCUGUGACAGCCACAAUCACACCUGAGGGAACGUAUUCUUGAAGAGACUGGAUUACAUUGAGCUUGUUUGCAGAUCGAAGGCUCCUCCUAAAUCUGGAUGGCUGUUAAACCGGAAUUAAAUUGCACUUGUGGGUGGAUUAAAUCAAAUAAAAUCAAAUAUAUAUAUAUAUUACAGCCUU